AUGGGACAAAUCAUACUAGCCCUCUGUUUGGGCAGUCUGACGUAUGGCUACAUUCUAGCCGUCAUCACCAAUACACUGGGACAGCCUGGAUUCUAUACUUAUUUUGAUCUUACUACGGAUACAACAGAUUCCGAGAAAUAUGCCUAUACGAACCGAAUUAUCGGUGCUAUCAAUGGUAUCUUCUCUGCUGGUGGCGUAUUCGGCGCUAUAUUCUCUGCCUGGAUGAGCGAGGUACAUGGUCGAAAGAGAACUUUGAGCAUAACUGCCAUCAUUACGUUGAUUGGCGGUGCCUUGCAGACAGGGUCUGUUCAUGUUGGAAUGUUCCUUGUAGGACGCUUUGUAUCUGGAUUCGGAGCUGGCAUGUUAAUCACUGUUGUACCUGUCUUCCAAUCUGAGGUCGCACCGCCAGAGAGCAGAGGAAUGCUGGUCUCAUUGAAUGGUGUUCUCAUCGUGGUUGCCUAUAGUCUGGCUGCAUGGAUUGGCGUGGCCUGCUACUUCUCAGCAAAUCUUGCGUUUCAAUGGCGAUUCCCGCUUGCCGUGCAAAUUCUUUGGCCAUUACUUCUUUUAGCUACCUUGCCGAUUGUUCCAGAGUCUCCUCGCUGGUUACUUGCCAAUGGAAAUACUGAAGCUGCCUGGAAAGUCCUCUCCAAAUUGCAUCACGGCCACCAUGAAGGAUUCGCUCGAGCCGAGUUCGAGCAGAUGCUACAGCAGAUCAGCGCCGACAAAGCCGUAGCGGAGAACGAGACUUUAUGGGAUUUGUUCCGCAAGCCAAGCUACCGCAAACGAUGUAUCUGUGCAUUCCUUGUCAUGUAUGCAGGCCAAGCAUCGGGGAAUCUCGUCAUUGCCAGGCAUCGGGAAAUUAAUAAGUAUUCAGACUACAGUGUUAUAAUAUACCAAGAUCUUGGGCAGACCGGCGUCAUCCCACUCAUUCUCGCAGCCGUGUACUGCUCUGUAUCGGUGUUCUUGAACUAUUUAUGUGCACUUCUCAUUGAUCGUAUAGGCCGAGUGAAUCUUUUUAAUCAGAAACCCUCGGAUUGGCUGACAGUAGAGUCUGCUCUACUUGCUGAAUAUAUUGGAGCAUCAAAUCCCGGGGGCUUGAAGGCAGCAACAUUUUUCAUAUUUUUCUUCAUUGUCUGGUACGGUGGCUGCAUCGACGCUAACACAUAUGUCUACUGCGCCGAGAUAUUUCCAACCCAUAUUCGUCCGCGCGGAAUGGCACUAUCUAUGGUGACAUUGUAUGUGACAUCAACACCGUUCCUCGAAGGCGCACCUACAGCAUUUGCGACAAUUGGAUGGAAGUAUUACCUUGUAUUCAUUGUGCUGACUGCUAUUAAUAUCCCCAUUAUGUACUUCUACCUCCCUGAAACCAAAGGCAUCACACUUGAGGAAAUCAGUGGAAAGUUCGGGGAUGAUGUCGUGAUACAUCUAAAUGAGAGUGAAGGAAAGGUGGAAGUGGUGGAGACUGAGAAUGUAGAUAAGGAGGCUGGUCGUUACGAAGUCAGAAACAGAGAAUUUUCUGGAAAAAAUGUAUCAGUCUAA